CUUCCGCGGAGCUGGGCUGCAAAGUCCCCCCGAGUCUGGCCCGAGCCUCCCUUAUUAGAUGGGCGUCGGGGCGGCCAUCGGAAGCCAGAGUCGCGCCGGAGAGGCCGGGUUGUGAAGGGCAGCUGAAUUGUGUUAGGUGUACUAUACCUGGGCCAUGUCAUCUAUAUUGCCAUUUACUCCACCGGUUGUGAAGAGACUGUUAGGGUGGAAGAAAUCUGCUGGUGGUUCAGGAGGUGCUGGUGGAGGUGAGCAGAAUGGACAGGAAGAAAAGUGGUGCGAGAAAGCAGUGAAAAGUUUGGUCAAGAAGCUCAAGAAGACAGGACAACUGGAUGAGCUUGAAAAAGCAAUCACUACCCAGAACUGCAAUACAAAAUGUGUUACAAUACCAAGCACUUGCUCUGAAAUUUGGGGACUGAGUACACCAAACACGAUAGAUCAGUGGGAUACAACAGGCCUAUACAGCUUCUCUGAACAAACCAGGUCUCUUGAUGGCCGCCUGCAAGUGUCCCAUCGUAAAGGAUUGCCGCAUGUCAUUUACUGUCGUUUGUGGCGCUGGCCUGACCUUCACAGCCAUCAUGAACUUAAGGCCAUUGAAAACUGUGAAUAUGCUUUUAAUCUUAAAAAGGAUGAAGUGUGUGUAAAUCCUUAUCAUUACCAGAGAGUGGAGACUCCAGUUUUGCCUCCUGUCUUGGUACCACGACACACUGAGAUUCUGACUGAACUUCCACCUCUUGAUGACUAUACUCAUUCCAUUCCUGAAAACACUAAUUUUCCAGCAGGAAUCGAACCACAAAGCAAUUACAUACCAGAAACACCACCUCCUGGCUACAUCAGUGAAGAUGGGGAAACAAGUGACCAGCAGUUGAACCAAAGCAUGGAUACAGGAUCCCCAGCAGAGUUGUCUCCUAGUACACUCUCUCCUGUCAAUCACAGCCUAGACUUGCAGCCAGUUACCUAUUCAGAGCCUGCAUUUUGGUGUUCGAUAGCAUAUUAUGAACUAAAUCAGAGAGUGGGCGAAACUUUCCAUGCAUCACAACCUUCGCUUACUGUAGAUGGUUUUACGGACCCAUCAAACUCCGAACGAUUCUGCCUGGGUUUGCUUUCCAACGUUAAUAGAAAUGCCACUGUGGAAAUGACGAGACGGCACAUAGGAAGGGGAGUGCGUCUGUAUUAUAUUGGUGGGGAAGUUUUUGCUGAGUGCCUCAGUGAUAGUGCAAUCUUCGUGCAGAGUCCCAACUGUAAUCAGAGAUACGGCUGGCAUCCUGCAACCGUGUGCAAGAUCCCACCAGGUUGCAACCUGAAGAUCUUUAAUAACCAGGAAUUUGCUGCUCUUCUCGCGCAGUCCGUGAAUCAGGGCUUUGAAGCAGUGUAUCAGCUAACUCGGAUGUGCACCAUCAGGAUGAGUUUUGUUAAAGGAUGGGGAGCUGAAUACAGGCGUCAGACAGUAACAAGCACUCCUUGUUGGAUUGAGCUCCACCUGAAUGGGCCUCUACAGUGGCUGGACAAAGUAUUGACUCAGAUGGGGUCCCCAUCAGUGCGUUGUUCUAGCAUGUCGUAAUCUCAUUCUUGGUGGGCUCAGAACAUGAAGUCCUGGCAACAGCUCGUCUGCCGCAGUAACUCGUGUGUGGUCUCCAUGAACUGUUUCUUAUCCAAAAAGUUCUGAGAGGAAGAGAGAGAAAGCACUUGAGGAUCUCAUCAGUUUUAAAGCACCUUGUGGAUUUUGUUUCCUAUACUCUGAUGCUAGGUGAAAUGUUAGUGUAUAGAAACACCUUCUUCUGAAGGAGGGAGGGACAGUUAAAGACUUUAACGGUGUUUUUUUAAUUGGGUAUAUAUAAAUUGAGUGUCCUAAAGGUUUGCCAGUAACAUGAACAGUACAGUUCAUAGGUCACGAAGCCUCUCCCAAGUGUGGUGCCAUUUUGCAGUCUGAGUUUUAGUGCCCACUGGUAGAUGUAUGGAGCUCUGGCUUAAGCAGGCAUCUCAUAAAAAGCCCAAGUUCUUGGUUCUCCCUAUUUUUUAUAUUUUUAUAUAUAUAUAUCUGUUACGUGUGCAGGCUUUUCACUCCCCUAUAAGAAAUGCUUAUUACAGAAAAGCUUCUAGCUCCAUUAUCUUGAGUGUACUAGCUGCUAACUGUAGAGAGAUUAAAUUUUGGAUUUCAUCGCUUGAAAUCUUGAGGGUUGAAUCGGCCUGAACGUGUUUGAAGUCAAAGGAAUCUCUUACUUCCCCCACUCCCCAAAUGAUCAAACCUGGUUUGAAUCAGGACACAUCCUGUCCAUUCAGCAGUGCAUCUAUUGCUGGCAAUGGGUGCUGUGAUGCUGUUGUCCUUCAAAUUCUCCUUGCAUCAUUUAUGCGCUAAUGGAGUAGUGCAGCUUUAAGUGUGCUUGGUUUUUACAACCAAUGAACCAGUCAGUUUUUUCCCCUAGCCAGUGAACCAAUCAACUUCCUCCCUCACCCCUUGCUGCUUCCAAGACAUGAAUGCCUCUGUUAUCUAUGAUUAGUAGAUUUUACUCUGAUUUCAAAUUGUAGUUAAGAGGGACAUCAGGAUAUUCUUCGCCAUGGAGAAUGAAAUUGUCACAUACUGCUUGAAUGAUCAUUCCUUUCCUAGCAGGAUGAAAGGAAGAGUGCUUGCAUUAUCUUCUUUAAUUGUCUGCAUGAGCCCUCUGUCUAGUGCACCAUCAGGUGCUAACACUGGAUCUGCAAGGCCUGCGCACAUCCUGAAAAUAGUAUUGUUAGGAUGUGUUCGCUUGCUAGGCUUCCGAGAGAAAGGGGAAGGCCCAGUUACUGCUUCUCCUGUUAUUUUCCCCAAGCCUGCCUUCUGCUGUGGCCUGCUAUGUCUGGAGUCCGAGGAGAAGGAAGGGUGUGAGGAGGAAAAGCAAGGCCACCACGUCUCCUGUUUCAUUGGUAGAUUGGAGAGGAGAUCCCUGCUCCACAAGUUCCUCCUUGGCAGCUCAGCAAGCCUUGGCCUUCCGCAGACAGUGAAAGAGACCUCCUGGGAGGGUUGUGUAAAACGGGGCAUUUCACCAAAGGCUUCUAAUCGCACAGCUGAGUUACGAGCGUCCAUUACAGAAAGGAUCUCGCAGAAGCAGCGGCUUCGGUGGGCUGGUUGUUGCUUGACCAAAGGGACGGCCUCCACAGUACAUGUUAUGGUGAAUCCUAGGACACUACUACAUCUGGACCUUGCUUUAAAAAAAUAUUUUGAAUUAUAUUCUACAGAUACAUCUGGGUUGGGUAAGGGUUGGGAAACUGUAUAGAAGGGUUCUUCCGACUUGAAAAGUAUACAUCUUACUAACAAUCUUGUGAUCUAGCUGUCUGUCCUCGUUGUCGUGGCAGUAGCGGGAUUGCCUUUCGUCUGUUCCUUUCCUCCUCCUUCCCCCUGCCGUGCCCCCUCCCCAAGGGUUACUUUGCACUAGCCUUGUACUUUGUAAGUACACCUAGUGGCAAUUCCAGCUUUGACAACAAACAUGUGGCCAGUGUUAAGCUUUGUAAUCGGCUGCCUGAACGGAAGACAGCGAUGGAUAUUUUUUAUGCCGUGACAAAAUAUAGGGCAUAGGAGCAAUACCAAAAAUCACACCGGUGGGUGGGAGGGAGGAUGGGAGGGUGGCUGGAAACAAAGUGAGCCAGGCAAUUCAGAAGAAUGGGCAAAGUUACCAAUUUGUGUAGUUUUACCAGUAGCCUAAUGUAUUGGUAGAACUUGUGAAACUAAGAGGGAAGCUUUCAUCCGUGUUGCAUUUGCCUAAUAUGUGAAUACACUAAUAAAAGUUUUAAUUCUCA